AUGUUCAAGGAGAUAGAAAAAUCUCUCCAUUUCAAUAACAAAUGGAAACUUUCUGGAAUCCAGAAGAUUUAUUACAAUUCCCUAAUAAAAAUUGUGGGUGGGUUUGGUACAAAUCAAGGGAAGCUGAUCUGGCCAACCAGUCUGACAACAACCCUUGAAGGCGAUUUGGUUGUGAAAGACAGUGGUUCUGGGUGUGUCCAGAUCUACAGCACUGACGGUCGUCCUAAACAACGCUUUUCAUAUGGAUUCGAACCAGUAAAAGGGCUGGGGGAUAUCACCUGCAUGAAAAACGGUGUGUUACUUGUGACCAGUGGGACUAAGAUCAUCCAGCUCUUCUCUAAGGAUGGAGAACUGAUCCAUGAACUGAAGUCUCCCAAACUCACCUGGCCUUAUUCAUAUGGGGUAACAGUCCUGAAGUCCAAUAAAAUUGCAGUGUCCGACUGGACAAAUGGAGGAAAAAUCAACAUCAUUGGAGUGGAUUGGAGAAUGAAUGCCGUCCUGAAGACACAGACAAUAGAGGGAUUCUACAGGCCGGUGCGUAUGGCUGUCAAUGAGAAUGAAGACAUGCUGGUUGCAGAAGGGCAACUGUUUGGAAGGUUUCAAGGCUGCUGCAUCAAAAUUAUUGACAGGGAACGAAGCCUGAGGAAGACCAUAGGUCCCCGUCAUGGGAAAAAAUUCAGUUUUGAAAACCCUUCUGGAGUCACCGUGGAUGGUCAUGGAAACUUCUUAGUUUCCGAUCAAGGUCAAAACUGCAUCGUGAUGUUUAAUCCUGAUUCAACCCUCUGUGAUGUUGUGGUGAGUGAGGGUUUGCAAGGACCAAGCGAUAUCACCAUAUUGGAUCACGGGUUGAUAGCUGUAGCUGACUGUUAUAACCACUGCGUUAAACUCUUCAGGUACAAGUAG